AUGGGAGAGAUAGAGCAUAAAAACGAUGAUGCGUACUUUGGAAAAGCAACCGAUAUAUUUUGGCUCCUUCAAAUUCGCCUCGUGGAGAUAACUCAAGAUUUCAUAGAAGAAGAAGAUGAUGAUGACCAGCCAUCUACAAAUCCCCUAUUGUUAUCCACCUCAAGGACUCUAAAUACCUCUGCAACUGGUUAUGAUAACCAAAUCCUCAAGUCUCCUCCUCUUGUUUCCCUAGAUUUCCCUGAUGUAUGGACUUCUAGUUCUACCAAUUAUAAUCCUCCAUCGACCCCCAAACUCGGUAGCGAUGAGAAGGAGAUUGCUAGAGUGAUCGAUGGAAAACAAAUUGCAGAGGAAAUUAUAUCAGCAGUGGGUGUUGAGGUAAGAAGAAUGAAGAACAGAAUCGAUGAGGUUCCUGGAUUGGGUGUGAUUUUGGUAGGGGAGAGGAGGGAUUCCCUAACAUAUGUUCGUAACAAGAUGAAAGCAUGUGAGGAGGCUGGAUUCAAGUUUGACUUGACUCAAUUUUCAGAUAAGUGUAAUGAAGAUGAAGUUAUUGAUGCUAUAAUGAGGUUUAACACAGAUCCAUCUUUUCAUGGUAUCCUCGUGCAGCUUCCUCUUCCUCAGCAUCUAAACGAAGAUAAGAUUUUGGGUGUGUUGAGACUGGAAAAGGAUGUGGAUGGUUUUCAUCCAAUGAACAUGGGACACCUGGCGAUGAGGGGAAGAGAACCGUUAUUCAUCCCAUGCACUCCGAAGGGUUGUGUUGAGUUAUUGAUCAGAUCAGGUGUGGAGAUAAUGGGAAAGAAUGCUGUUGUCAUUGGUAGAAGCAACAUUGUAGGUUUACCCCUGUCCUUGCUGUUACAGAGGCAUAAUGCAACUGUUAGUGUUGUUAAUGAAUCAACAUCAAACCCUGAAGAAAUAACACGAGAAGCUGACAUUGUGGUGAGUGCGGUUGGAAUACCUAAUUUGGUGCGUGGAGACUGGAUCAAACCUGGUGCUGUUGUUGUUGAUGUUGGAACUCAUCCUGUUGAGGAGGAGGGGGGUUGUGAGGAAGGAGGUUAUCGGUUGAUAGGGGAUGUGUGCUUUGAGGAAGCAUCAAGGGUAGCUUCGUCAAUUACUCCUGUGCCAGGUGGAGUGGGCCCCAUGACUGUUGCCAUGUUGCUUUGCAAUACCCUUGAGUCAGCUGCACGUAAAUACAACUUUGUUUGACGAGUUGGUGUUUGGGUUCACAUUUUAGGGGGAUAAGAUAAAAAAAGGUUUAUGUAUGUUGUUUAAUUAUUGCAAAAUGUAUAUUCCAUUAAUGGGUUUGGUUUAAAUUAGGGUAGAUUAGAAUUUGUUUUGGACUUUUUGAUGUCUAUUCAGUUCAAGACCUGUAAAGUUUUUAUAUAUGCUUAUUUAAAACACAUACAGGUCAAAAAGUCUUACAUUUUCCACCAAUCAAGG